GAGCGUAUUAAAGGAGCCCUUUGGGUAUUUUCUCAACUCAAGAGGUUUUUUUGCUUUGAUUCUCAGUGUAAAAAGAAAACCCUCGGCGGAACAACAAUAGUAUAAGCGUGAUCAUCAUGUCGGCUAGCGGCGGCGGUAGUGGUGGCGCAGGAGAGGAAGAGAAGAAGCCUAACGAUCAGGCGGUUCAUAUCAAUCUGAAGGUUAAGGGUCAGGAUGGAAAUGAAGUGUUUUUCAGGAUCAAGCGUAACACACAGUUGCGCAAGCUCAUGAAUGCUUACUGUGACCGUCAGUCAGUUGACAUGAACUCAAUUGCAUUCUUAUUUGAUGGCCGCAGGCUUAAGGGAGAGCAAACUCCUGAUGAGCUUGAGAUGGAGGAGGGUGAUGAAAUCGAUGCUAUGCUACAUCAAACUGGAGGCAAUGAUGCUUGAUGCUGCUGCGCUUUUGUUCCUAAUUAUUAACUUGGUGGUUAUUACUCUCCCAUCUGCCUAAAUGGGGGAUACGUAUGGAUGUUAGUAGUAUUAGUUUUCAGUACUAGACGUUGGCUUCCAAAUAGUUUUCACUUUCCAUCAGCAAUUAUCAGAGUUUACUCUGAAUAUGUGUCCUGCAUCUCACUUUGCCUAAUUAUAUUUCAGACCUUCGUAAUGAUAAAACAUCAACAUCUUACAAAUGCUGAAACACAUCCUAACUGAGAUACCACUAGUUCCACGGCUGGUUGCUUGGAUCUGGUGGUCAUAGAAAGCCAAGACAAACAGAAAUAGACUGUUGAAGCAGUAGCCUAGCCCUACCCUCAGCAAAGUUGGGCAACCUUUGUGUCAACAAAAGUAUUCGAGAAUUAUAAUAAUUAUUUAUGUUA